GUACACGCAUGUACCUCAUUGGAAUGGGCGUCGUCACUUCCGGGAGGGUUGUCAUGGUGCCGAAGGCCUACUGAGGGAGCGCUGAGCCUCUGUUGAUGUCUCCUGGACUCUAGCGGUAGCAUCAGAGAAGAGUACAUCGUCGGUUGUUGUCGGUCAGAAGCUGGAACGAUGAGCACGCAGUACAGCAUCCUAUUCAAACAAGAACAUGCUCAUGAUGACUCCAUCUGGUCUGUAGCUUGGGGAAAGAGUGAGAAAGAUGGCUCAGAGACUAUAGUGACUGGCUCAUUAGAUGACUUGGUUAAAGUCUGGAAAUGGCAGGAUGAGAAGUUGGAACUACAGUGGACUCUGGAGGGACACCAGCUGGGAGUUGUAUCGGUUGAUAUCAAUCACACAGGUGCCACUGCAGCCUCCAGUUCUCUGGAUGCACAUAUUCGCCUCUGGGAUUUAGAGUCGGGCAAACAGAUCAAGUCGUUGGAUGCUGGACCAGUUGAUGCUUGGUCUGUGGCCUUUUCUCCAGAUGGCAAGUUUUUGGCCACAGGGAGUCACUUGGGAAAAGUAAAUAUAUUUGGAGUUGAAAGUGGAAAGAAAGAAUCUUCACUAGACACAAGAGGGAAAUUCAUUCUCAGCAUUGCAUACAGUCCUGAUGGGAAAUACCUUGCCAGUGGUGCUAUUGAUGGUAUCAUCAACAUGUUCGAUGUUGCAACUGGAAAGCUUUUGCACACAUUAGAAGGUCAUGCUAAGCCAAUUAGAUCUUUGACAUUCUCCCCAGACUCUCAGCUUCUAAUUACUGCCUCUGAUGAUGGAUACAUAAAGAUUUAUGAUGUACAACAUGCCAAUCUUGCUGGUACACUAAGUGGUCAUGGAUCCUGGGUGUUGAGUGUUGCAUUUUGUCCAGAUGACACUCAUUUUGUAUCAAGUUCUUCUGACAAAAGUGUGAAGGUUUGGGAUGCUGGUUCCAGAAGCUGUAUACACACAUUUUUUGAUCACCUCGAUCAGGUCUGGGGUGCUAAAUACAAUGGAAAUGGAUCGAAGAUAGUCUCUGUCGCAGAUGAUCGUGAGAUCCAUAUUUAUGACUGUCCAAUUUGAAGUGUCCUUCUGCUCAGAAUGUGUGAAACUACAGUAAGAUCUUCGUCUUCAGCUACAAACUGGAGGUGUAUAUAAGGCCAAUAACAUGUCAACAAACUAGUUAAAAAUAUCAUGAAACCAAAGGCCCUAUUGUGAAAUCUGAAUUGAAUAAAUCAUUCCUCAUUUGAAUUCAGAUUAUGCUGGAAAGUUUUCUCAAGCAUACUUAUUGCUUGUGUUUAUGCUGUCCAUUUGUGUAUCAUUUUUGUUUUAUUUUUGAAGUUGGCAAAAUAAAUAUGGUUUUAUAUAUAUAUGAUUUGAGACUGACAGAUGAAAUUGUAGAUUUUUCAUGAGCUCUUUUUAUCUCAGCUACCAACCCUCUCAUCUUGGGUUGGAAUUGACAUCGAUUACAGAAACUAAUCUGGCCUGUGGAAACUACAUGAUUCUCAGGAAAGGUGAAUGUUAAGUAAUUCGAGAAUGUUUUGUACUUAACUGGUAAAUCUGGUGACAAUAGCCCAUGGUGAUGGAAAUGCAAGUUUAUUAAAACACAAAUUUAAA